GCUUAAUGCACGAAGCUGUAGUAGGACCUAUUUUGGAGCUUCUAAUGCUCUUCCCUUCUCUUCAAAGGCUAUAAAUACCCAUUCCUCUCUCCCCAAUGCGUUGCACCAAACUAAAACGCCUCACCGCUCAACCCACCAGGUGAUGUUCGACCGACCAGGCCAGCCUCAGUGUCAAGCCACAAAAUUCCACUUUUCUUUUUCUUUUUUAAUUAUUUAAAUCUCUCUUUUAUCUUUCUAUCUCUCUAAGCUUUAAACUUUUUAUAUAUUUCACUUCACAGCGCAUCCCUACAAACCCACCAACAUUCUCACUAUUCUUUCUUCAGAAAAAAAAAAAAAAAAAGAAAAGAAAAAGAAAAAAAAAAAAGAAAAUGCAAACUCAUCCCAUUAAGCUUCUCUCUUUCGUCUUCCUCUGCUUCCCAUUGUUCUUCAAUGUGAGUUUAGCCGGUGGAAGACGGUUGUUGGCCGGAGAAAGCCCAUUGACUCCGAAAGCAUAUCUUAUCCGGUACUGGAACAAAGAGAUCCACAACAAUUUACCUCAAUCUUCAUUUAUUCUAGCCAAGGCUUCACCAUUAAACGCGGUGGACGCCGUCACUUUUUCCAAACUCGCAGAAAAAAACGCGCUUUCCAGUAAGCUACCUGAUUUCUGCUCCUCUGCUCACCUCUUUUGCUUCCCCGAUUUAUCGCCGAGUCUCGAGAAGCACACUGAUGACUCCGAUUUUACUAGAUACUCCAACCAGAAUUUUACCAAUUACGGUACGAGUCGGGCGGGUGGAUUGGACUCGUUUAAGAACUAUUCAGAUGGUGAAAAUAUACCUGUCGACUCGUUUCGCCGAUAUGGCCGAAACGCAGCCGGUCAUAACGAAACAUUUGCCAACUAUGCCCAUGACGGGAACGUCGUUGACCAGAGCUUCAAUACCUACGGGCACGGAGCAACCGGCGGGACAGGCGAGUUCAAGAAGUACAAUGAGCAAGUAAAUGUUCCAAAUCUCCGGUUCACAUCUUAUUCCGAUGACGCAAACGCCAAGGGCCAAAAAUUCACCAGUUAUACCGAAAAUACAAACUCCGGAAGUGAAGCGUUCAAGAGUUAUGGUAAGAACGGAAAUGCAAUCGCCGAUGAGUUCAGUAGAUAUGGAGAGAAUUCGAAUGUGAUUGGAUCGGAUUUUGACAGUUAUGGAGCCAAAGGAAAUGCAGCUAAUGACACAUUCAAGUCUUAUGGGUUCAACGGAAAUGUGCCGGAGAACAAUUUCAAGAACUACGGCGAGGGUGGAACUUUUUCAGAAGCUUCUUUCACUAGUUACAGGCAAGAAUCCAAUGUAGGAGACGAUUCUUUUGCAUCUUAUGCGAAAGAUUCGACUGGAGCAAAAGCUAAUUUCGUUAAUUAUGGAAAAUCAUUCAAUGAAGGAACGGAUAGGUUUAAAGAAUACGGUAAAGGAUCAGAUGGAAGUCAGAAAAUUGGAUUCAAGAUCUAUGGAGUCAAUAAUUCUUUUACAGAUUAUGCAAACAAGAAGGGUACCUCUUUUGCUCAGUACACAAGCAAAAGCUCUGCUUCAUCUGCAGAAAUGAAGGUCAGUGGCAGUUUGGUAAAUAAAUGGGUUGAGCCAGGUAAAUUCUUCCGUGAAUCUGAGUUGAAGAAAGGGAACGUUAUGCCAAUGCCGGACAUAAGAGAUAAAAUGCCGAAAAGGUCGUUUCUGCCCCGGUCGAUUAUCUCUAAAUUACCCUUCUCAACCUCCAAGAUUUCUCAACUGAAAGAAACCUUUCACGCCAUCGAUAAUUCUACAAUGGAAAGUAUAAUCCUCGAUGCUCUUAGUGAGUGCGAGAGAGCUCCCAGUCCUGGCGAGACUAAACGCUGCGUCGGCUCCGCGGAGGACAUGAUAGAUUUCGCCACCUCCGUCUUAGGCCGCAAUGUGGCUGCGCGCACAACUGAAAAUGUUAAUGGAUCAAAGCAGAAGAUCAUGAUCGGAUCGAUCAAAGGAAUCAACGGUGGGAAAGUUACCAAGUCAGUAUCUUGUCACCAAAGCUUGUACCCUUACCUGCUUUACUAUUGCCACUCGGUACCAAAAGUUCGGGUCUACGAAGCGGAUCUAUUGGAUCCAAAUAGCAAAGCAAAGAUCAAUCACGGUGUUGCCAUUUGUCACUUAGACACGUCGUCAUGGAGCCCGACCCAUGGUGCAUUCUUGGCAUUGGGUUCGGGGCCAGGUCGGAUUGAGGUGUGCCACUGGAUAUUUGAGAAUGAUUUGACUUGGAGCAUUGCAGAUUAAAUUAAGCGGCGGCGUGGGUUGGGUUGUGUGAUUUGGGUUGGGUCAGUGGCUAAAAAAGUUAGCUGCUGGGUCGGUCUUUAAACAUGGUUUAAAUUUAGAGUAUUUAUAAAGUUGUGGGUUUUAUUUAUUAGACAGGGUUAUGGUGUUUUUGAAAGAAAGGUUAUUAUUGUCAAUUAUAAAUCUCUCAUCAAUAAUAAAUCUCACAUUGAUGUUGAGUUCUUGUUUUGAUCC